CUUUCAUUCACGACAGCCGAGAGAGGGGAGGAGUCACUAUAAGCAGCGGGAGCGGUUUGUAAGCGUGUCCUCUGUGAGCCUUUUUUCCCCUUUCCACCCGGCGCUGCCACCCCGGCAGGUCCCGCUUCGCUUCCCAACUCCGGCUCCUCUCCAGCGGUCCCUUUUCUUUCCCCCCUUUUUCUUCUCUCUUUUAAACCGGCUGUAGUAGAAACAUCCCCGGCAGACGAGCUUAGGUUCAGUCGAGAAGAUGCCUUGCCAGAAAGUUAUCCAUUUUGGGCAGCAAUUGUUUCGUCGGAAAGUGGUAGACUGUUCCAGCAACGACAGCCGGCUUUCGCGGUGCCUCAACACAUUUGACUUGAUUGCUCUUGGAGUAGGUAGCACCCUUGGGGCAGGGGUUUAUAUUCUGGCUGGAGCAGUGGCAAAAGAAAAUUCAGGACCUGCCAUUGUCAUUUCCUUUCUGAUUGCCGCUCUGGCUUCUGUGCUGGCUGGACUUUGCUACGCAGAAUUUGGUGCUAGAGUUCCAAAGACUGGAUCAGCAUAUCUCUAUAGUUAUGUGACUGUCGGUGAGCUGUUGGCAUUCAUUACUGGCUGGAACCUAAUUCUUUCUUACGUCAUUGGAACCUCAAGUGUAGCCCGAGCUUGGAGUGCAACAUUUGAUAAGCUUAUAGGAGAGCAUAUUGAGAAAUUCUUUUCCCGCUACAUGUCUAUGGAUGCUCCUGGUGUGUUAGCAAAAUACCCAGAUGUCUUUUCUGUUGUCAUUAUCCUAAUCCUAACAGGACUUCUGACUUUUGGCGUAAAAGAAUCUGCAAUGGUUAACAAAGUGUUCACUUGUAUCAAUGUCCUCGUCUUGGGCUUUGUGAUGGUGUCAGGUUUCGUGAAAGGCUCAAUAAAAAAUUGGCAGCUCUCAGAAAAUAGCUCACUUUCAGAGAAUUCCACAGAGAGUCUACGGGGUGGUGUUGGUGGAUUUAUGCCAUUUGGUUUUUCUGGAGUUCUUUCGGGGGCAGCUACGUGCUUUUAUGCAUUUGUGGGAUUCGACUGCAUUGCCACCACAGGUGAAGAAGUAAAAAAUCCCCAGAAAGCUAUUCCAAUAGGCAUAGUGGCCUCACUUUUGAUCUGCUUUGUUGCAUAUUUUGGGGUAUCGGCUGCUCUUACUCUCAUGAUGCCUUACUAUCUGCUCGAUAAAAAUAGCCCACUGCCAGUUGCUUUUAAGUAUGUGGAAUGGGAAGGAGCAAACUAUGCAGUUGCUGUUGGGUCCCUAUGUGCUCUUUCUACAAGCCUGCUUGGAUCCAUGUUUCCAAUGCCUCGGGUUAUUUAUGCGAUGGCAGAAGAUGGAUUACUAUUCAGAUUUUUGUCACGUAUCAAUGAGAGGACAAAAACCCCAAUGUUAGCUACAAUAACCUCAGGAGCUGUUGCAGCUGUCAUGGCCUUUCUCUUAGACCUCAAGGAUCUUGUAGACCUGAUGUCUAUUGGGACACUUCUAGCUUACUCCUUGGUGGCUGCCUGCGUCUUGGUACUAAGAUACCAACCUGAGCAACCUAACUUGGCCUAUCAGAUGGCUAGUACUACAGAGGAGACAUACAUAAAUGAAUCUGUGAGCACAAGUGAAUCUCAAACUGCGUUUCUGCCGGAAGAGGAAGAGAAAUUAUCCUUAAAAGUUCUCAUCCUCCCCCAAAAUACAGUUCCUUCCAAACUUUCUGGGUUCAUAGUGAAUGUCUGUACUUGUGUCUUAGGUGUUCUUAUUGUCAGCUUCUGUAGCUUGGCUGUCCUUGCCAAGAAGGAUCUGAUGAGUGGAUCAAUAUGGGCCAUUAGCAUGCUUGUUGUCCUCUUCCUCAUCGGCUUUGUUUUCACAAUCAUCAUUUGGAGGCAACCUGAAAGCAAAACCAAACUCUCAUUUAAGGUCCCUUUUCUCCCUGUCCUUCCCAUUCUGAGCAUCUUUGUGAAUGUUUAUCUCAUGAUGCAGCUGGAUAGUGGCACCUGGAUACGAUUUGCCAUCUGGAUGGUCAUAGGCCUGGCGAUAUAUUUUGGCUACGGCAUAUGGCACAGUGUAGAGGCAAUUUAUUCAGCACCAACGUUUCAAGAAAGAAGUAUGGAUAACAAUAUGGAUACUUGUAAAUGACGGCCUUCUUACUCGGGAGGUUAUUGAUAUCACUAUUACUGCACAGCAGGAUACUUUUCUCUCCCAAAUUCUGAAAGAACUUUUUUUUUUGGUAGAAUAUCAGGCGGGCUCUCAUGUCCCCUUUAACCUGGGGAUGCAGCUGGAAGGGAUCACAAGGAAAACAAAUACCCAGACUCGGAUGCACUCCCAACAACACUGUUACUUCGUGCUGACAGCUAUUUUUCUUCUUUACCCUUUGAAUAGAAAUUGCCUUUCAGGGUAGAAGUUUACUUCCAAUGUUACUGUGGGAAUAAGAUUCUCAAUCUUGUGAAUCAAUUCCUGGCUACUGGAUUGGAGCACACUUUACAACAUUUCUCCAAAAUCACCAGAACUAAACUUAAGCAAACCCAAACCAAACCAUACAUAAACUCUCUUACAUGUUUAUAAACUGUACCCACUUCCCAAGACUGGAAUGAAACAACAAAAAAAGGAGUGGUGCUAUUUAAACAUUGUGCUUUACAUAUUUAAAGAGGGGUGAUGCCUGAGUUUUAGCAUCCAAUGUUACAGCCAUCUCCUUUAGCAAAAGAUGGACAAACCAGGCUUCCUGCAGCCCUUGGAGGCUUCUGUACAACCUGCUAGCUGAAUUCCUCUCCUGUGCUUCACACAGCUGUGUAGCUAUGAGGCAGAGUCUGUUGCUUAUGGUAGAACUGCUGUGUAGAAAGUAUGACUUUCAAGUAUGCAGCCCUGCCAAACCAAGGACAAUUGCUCGCUUGGGAUGUUAUUCACAUUUCAGCUCAGACAGUCCCGGUCAAAGGGAGCCUCUGCCAUGCUUGUAUUUUAAGAUAAUAUUGUGCGGUAAAUCACCGAUACGCCCUGUGGCUGAGAAAAGACAACAGUUUCCUGUCAUAAAGAUGGAAUUAAUAAAGGAGAAUAUUUGUAGCUCAGGGUUGACAUGAAGGGUCCUUGGUGAUCUCUGAACUUGCUUGUUUUCUUUCCUUACCCAAACUAGGUAACAUCACCAGUGCUGGUCUAGUCUAUGUUACUUUGUUUGGUUAAUGAAACACCCACAAGGAGACAAGCCAGCUCAGAAAGCACCAAGGACCCCUCAAAGAUGAAAUUGAACACAGGGUUCAUAGGUCAAACUCAAGCAUUGUUUUUACUGUUAUGUUUGAAAUAAUAUAUUUAAAAUUAAUAUUUUAUUGAAGGAGAGGUGUGACAAACGCAGCUUUUCUGGUACAGAGUAGGAGCCAACAUUAGGUUUUUGCCUGCGGGAUAUUUGGGACUGUAGAAUACAAGGUUCUCACCUUAUCCUGUUAGGGCUGACAUUUUCAAAUAGUUCCAUCAGAUUUAAAAUUCAAACUCUGUUAUUUCCUCUGUUUGCCCCGGAUGGGACAGGGGAAAUCAUAAAAGCAUCUAUGCAGAGGGAGAAUAACCUCCUUCUAAAAAUGUGCUUUUUCCAAAGGGAGGGUUAAAAGUCUGUACACCGGUCAAAUAAUAUUGAUGCUUGCUGGUUUGAUGUUCUAGUAAAUAGUGUAGAUGAUUAUUGUACUUUUUUCUUUUACACUGUUAAACCUCGGAGGCUUGAAUUUAUUAUUACUUGUUCGUGGUGUUUAUGUCUAGCCCCUUGAUGUGUUGUAUUUGGCCAAGCUAUGUGGAAAAGAAUAGCACUUAGAAGAAAGGGAAUUCAUUUUAAUAGAGAGACUGUGCUUAUUUUGUGUGAGGAAAUUUAGAAGGGGGGGUAUUUAUUUAUGGCGCUCCCUAUGUUUUGUCCAGGUUGCACCCUAGUGCUUGAGUCGAGGUUUUGACUUGAGGUUUUCCCAUCACCAUGGUGAUUGCUGAGCAUUUUAGUGGUUACAUCUACCUGUCCGGAAGGUUGGAAAGGAGUUUCUGCAGACAGUGUUGACUCAACUGGACCAAUAACAAGACAGUUUAUUGUAUAUGAUACUUCAGCAACUUCCUCUUGCCAUCACAAAAGUCUGUGAAGGCUACAAUUACAAUGAUGAAGGUGUUCUUUUUAAAGGGCUUCAGCGUUGAACAAUUGAGAAAUGCACAAUUUAGUUUGAAUCGGCCAGACCUUCCUCAAGUAAAUUGGCCAGGCUGCUCAAGGUGAUUUGGGAAGCCCUCAGGGCUGGUUAAAAAAAUGUUCCUUUCAGAUGAAAAUUUAUAUGUGACUUGAAAAUACCUAAAACUUUCUGUUUUGGGUUCUUCUGGAUGGAAUCCCAUCAGGUCAUAUGAAACCUUGUUUUAGAGUCUGUGAGGAGUGAGAUGGAGCUUGUUUUGAACUCUUCAUUCUUAGCUGAAUCAACCUAUGUGGAUUGUUUCAUACAUGACAAAAGUCCUUUGCAGAAAUCUCUUCUGUAUGGUCACAUUUCAUAUCAUCCAUGCUGAUUCCAACCUUUUACUUAUUAUUAAAUGACACCCUAUUACAUGGACAUCCAAGCUUUUGGCUUGCCAGGGCUGUAAUGAGUGAAGAUGAUUUGUCUUGGGCUGCAUAUCAAAUAUAUUAUAUAGUUAGUAUAUAUAAAUAUUAAAAGUUUAUGAUCUUGUGAUCUUGUCGCAUUACUAGCUGUCCAGGGAAACAUGCGGGCUGCAGGCCACAGGUUGAACAUGCCUGCCCUACUGCAUCACUGUCUUUGAAAAUGGCCUAGAAAGAUGUCAGAUUUUCUAUAAAAGUCAAAUUACUUAGUCAUUAAAAUUUAAUUUGAGAAGGGUCCCUAAGUAAUUUUUGGAAGUGACUUAUUUUUCCCCCUUUUGUUCUUCUUAAGUAGAUAAAUCCAUUCUGUGUGUAGGCAGUUGAUAAAACUGAAAGCAGCCUGAAGAAUGUGAUUCUCAAUUUGGCAAUUGCAUUUCCAAAGGACAGUAAAUCCGUACAAUAUAAUUUAGUGUGGUUGAAUUGCAUUGUUUAGUCUAAUUCAUUUUUAAACUUAUUGAUAGACCUUGAGUUAAUGACCACAAUUGGGACUGGAAUUUCAGCCACCAACAGAUGCGAUCAUUAAAAAAAGUCAGCAUGUGACUGGAUCAAGAUUUCAUAACCAUUUUACUUGAUUGUUAAAUGAGUUAUGCAGUCAUUAAGCAAAUUCGUCUGCCCCUAUUGACUUCACUUGUCAGAAGCUGGUUGGGAAGAUUGGAAAUUGUGACCAUGUGACCACAGAACGCUGCAACUGUCUUCAAACGCUCAAAUUGUGAUAACAUGACUGGGCAACAGUUGUAAACUCGAGGACAAGUCAUAAAUUACUUUUCUUCAGUGCCAUGAAUUUGAACAGUCAUUAAUUAAAUGAAUGGUUGCAAGUUAAGGGCUACCUGUACUAGGGAAAAUAGUAUUAGAAAAAGCCUUAAACACUGGAUAUCAUGUUUGGUUCUGUGUGAUAGAUACAUGCAUCCAGUAAAAAGCUGUUCCUUUUCUGAUGUGGCAUUUAAGGAAAUUAUUUUGGAAGGAAAUUCUGUCACACGUGAAGGAAUAUUUAAAAAAGUUUUUCACACAUACAUCACUAGUGGGGAAAAAAAAUCACAGAUUAACGAAAGCAGUCUCCUGGGAUAACGGAUCUCAAAUCUUCAAAUCUUCAACUGUCAUAAUUCCCAUAGUGUAGGGAAUUUGGGGAGCUGAAGCCCGCUACAUCCAAAUGACACCAGGAUGCGAGACAUUGUUCUGAGUAAGGUUGACACAUAUCCAAGACUUGAAUGAGUUUUGCUUUUCCUCUCACUUGAGAUUCAACAACAGGAGAUGUUAGGCCUGGGGAAAAAGUUUUCUGGGAGAAAGACUUGCUAAGAACUUCUUGUGGGAUAUUCUCAUUAUGGCUAGCUGCUUUUGUCUCUAUGGAGAUGUUUAUAGCUCAUGGUGGUAUACAGAGACUAAGACAGGGAGCAGGGAACAACCCUGGACCAGUAAAUAUAAAGUGCCCCAAACAGGGAACCCACUUGCUCCUGGUUCUGAAAUCUCAAUGGAGAAACAUGCAAAAGCUUGAGGUCUAAUGGUGAAAACCUAAGUGCUGCUGCUGUAAGUUUGCUAGAGUGAAGAAUAUUUGAGCUCAUCUUUGUAAAUAUAUGAGUAACUUAUUAUUUUAAUAUUAGGAUUAUUUUGUAUAGCUGCUGGACGCUUUGUAUACAAUCCUGUUCUAUAAUUUUUCUCAAAAUAUACAGCUCCCUCAAAGAAAAUGUACAGUUUUUCUUAAGGGAAAACUUCUUAAGGAAAGGACUUAUCGAUAAUUGUGGUUUUGAAUCUAUGGAAGUCACUACUACUAUCAGGAAUUGCCUGUUUUGAAAUCUUAAUAGGCUUUUAUUAGCCUAAAUCCAAAUUUGCAAACCUUGUGUGUGCAGAAGUAAAAAAAAAAAGUGGUUUUCAAUAACUAGAUACUCUUCAAAUGUACUUGAACUACAUGUUUCAAAACUGGCAUAGUAGUCUGAAGUUUUUAAUUCUCCAUACCUGGAGGAUAUCUAAUUGGGAAUAAGUGUUGCUUCCUUAAUGCAUAUGGUGGGGAAGAAACAUGUGCAACAUAAAACAACAUUGACGAUUUCUACUUGAUCAAAACAUCACCAUAAAAAUAAGUUUUACUGAGUCAGAUUUAUGCAAAUUAAUCUCCAAAUUAAUUCCAGUUACAACUCCAGCUUUUCAAGAGCAACAAAUUGCUUGCUUAUCAGUUCCUUCCAAAACCAAUGGCAGUU